UGUACGCAUUAGUGAGUGCCUGGUUUCCUGUAUGAAUACUUAAUGCAAACCACGUGGUGUAAAAGCAGACUGCAGCUUCUUUUGUUCAAAUCAAUCAAACCAGAGACGGGCAGAGAGCUGCUGAAUCAGGAAAUCACCGCUUCUGAUUGAAAAAUGCCACGGAAGAAGGUGACAGAUGUCUCAGGUAACGGUGGGAUAAAGAAGAAGAGGGUCAGCGGCAAAAGGAAAGAGAGAGACUUCAGCAGCGACGAUGAAUUUGACUUUGAGCAGGAGAACAACAAGAAAUCUGGCAAGCCUUCUGCCAAGUCUGGUCUCCAGCCUGUCACUGUGGCAGACGACGUCAAAGAGAAAAUAAAACUUGAGUGCCCAAAGGUCAAAGGUCAACUACUCAUCUUUGGAGCUACCAACUGGGAUUUGAUUGGAAGAAAGGAGGUGCCUAAACAACAAGCUGCUUUCCGCAACCUGGGUCAGAAUCUGUGGGGUCCUCACCGCUAUGGCUGUCUGAAUGAUGUCCAGGUUAGCUGUGUGGUGUCUGGCUCCUGUGCUGCACACAGUCUUCUCAUGACCACUGAGGGCAAGCUGUGGAGCUGGGGUCGUAAUGACAAAGGGCAGCUGGGUCAUGGUGACACCAAACGUCUGGAGGCUCCCAAGCUGAUCGAGGCCCUAGCAGAUCAUGUGAUUGUUGCUGCAGCCUGUGGACGCAAUCACACCCUGGCUCUCACAGAGGAUGGCGUUGCAUACUCUUUCGGUGAGAACAAGUUGGGCCAGCUUGGCCAAGGCAGCCAGACUGAUGCAGUCCUCAGCCCAGCACCGAUUUCAUACAAUGGCCAGCCCCUGGUGAAGGUGGCUUGUGGUGCAGAAUUUAGCAUGGUGGUGGACUGCAAAGGAAACCUGUACUCCUUCGGCUGCCCAGAAUACGGACAACUGGGUCACAACAGUGAUGGAAAAUUCAUAGCUCGUGCCCAGCGCAUUGAGUUUGACUGUGAGCUCAUCGCUCGUCGUGUCGCCAUUUUCAUUGAGAAGUCCAAGGAUGGCCAGGUCAUGCCUGUGCCCAACGUGGUGGUCCGAGAUGUGUCCUGUGGGGCUAAUCACACGCUGGUCCUGGACUCUCAGAAGCGAGUAUUCAGCUGGGGUUUUGGUGGUUACGGCCGUCUGGGUCACACGGAGCAGAAGGACGAGAUGGUUCCUCGACUGGUCAAAUUGUUUGACUUUCCUGGACGUGGUGCCAGUCAGAUCUGUACAGGCUACCAGUGUUCCUUCGCUGUUAGUGAGAUGGGGGGGCUGUUUUUCUGGGGGGUGACAAACACUUCCAGGGAGUCAACCAUGUACCCCAAAGCUGUGCAGGAUCUGUGUGGAUGGAAGAUUCGCAGUCUGGCGUGUGGAAAGAGCAGUAUUGUUAUCGCUGCAGAUGAGAGUACGAUCAGCUGGGGACCGUCACCCACGUUUGGAGAGUUGGGAUAUGGAGACAACAAACCUAAAUCAUCCACCACUGCCCAGGAGGUUAAGACCUUGGAUGGAGUCUAUAUUGAGCAGGUGGUGAUGGGCUAUUCUCACUCUCUGGUUAUUGCCAGACAGGACACUGAGCAGGAACAGGAGAAACUGAAAAAGCUGCCCGAAUACAACCCCCGAACAAUCUGAUUGGGCCUCCAACAGCAACACCUCAACCCUUUCACAGGAGCAGAGACCAGCAGUGCUCAAGAGGAACAGCUGCUGGACUCGUGUACCAGUAGGAUGGGUAGGGUUAGUUUGAAGGGUCUCCACACAUCUCAGCUGCCAGAAAACUGGCUCUACACCAAUUUGGACACUGAAAUUUAAAGAAAAUGGGACUGGACACGAACAGAUCUUCUGGAUGCUCCAGCAUUCACAACAAAUGGACAAAAUAUUUCCACUUACCACCUCGAGUAAACCUGCAACAGUUUACUCAGAGCACUUCAGCCCUAGCAGAGUAGUGCUUCCCAAAAACCCUUUUCUAUUUUGUAAUACAGCCAAACAUUCAUUUUUUCAUGUAUCUUGUCUUUGUCUUUGUUGCAGUAUUUGAGAUGAUAAAGUUGUCACAGUUCAAGGGUGCUACAGCAGGACCCUCAGUCUUUUCCCACUGAGGGCUUUUCAAAGACCAAUAUUCCAUAUCUGUGCCUUUUUCUACAUGUAUGUUCAGGAUAUGGAAGUCUUGUUUGUGUUGUUCAGAGGGUCAGUUCAUCAGUCUUGGAACAUGACACUCUGAGUUAGUGCACUCCACUCAAUGUUGCAUUCCAUUUGUAGUCGUCUUUAGUGUUUGGAUCAAGGAUGCACACCUCAGUCCUUCCAAGACCACAGUGUCUGUUAGCUCUCGUCUUUGCUCAUUUGAGUAAUACUAACUACUACAACACUCUUAAGUGGUUUUACAAGCAGGUCAGAACUCAUACAACCAACAAUGCAAUGUGUAGAAAUGGUUCAGUGUAAUAAGGUGUGCUGAAACGAAGGCUUGUCCUUUUUUAAAACAAAAAAAACAGCAGAGGUGUUUUCCUACUUGUACUGCAUUCUUUUUUUAUGGUGAAAUUUCUGUGGGUUACAUUGUUUUUUCAUUGAAAUGGUUAAAUAAAGAUUCACAUGAAUUGA